GCCUUCUUGGGGGCCUCUUGGGGGCUCCUUGGGCGCGAGCUGUGUGGCAAACGGCACAAGCGCAGGAGGAUGCAGGCGACGACGGGGAUAGCAUUGCGUACAUGUUGCAGCAGGCGUGGCGGCGGCAGCAACAGGAGGUCGGUAUGAAGCCGGCUGGGGCGGGAGUAUGAGGACCAGCAGGAGCGGUCAUCAUGUCCAUGAGGAGGGCGAGUUGGACCUGGCCAGCACGGCACACGUUCGUCACCAAGGAGGGCUACGAGCUGAACAUGACGGAGGCUUGCCCCAUGGAUGUAGCAGCAAUGUUGCGCAAGGACGUGCAGAGUAAAUUGUGGGAGGAUUGGACCAAGGCCGAGGAAUACCAGAGCUUGAGCCCAGCGCCUUUGUUGCGGUUGCAGGCGCAGGCGGACUGGCAGACCGUUGCGGAGCAGCAGGACACGAACAUGUUGUGGACGCGGGGGCGGGUCCGCACGCCAGAAGCGGACUGGACCUUCGUGGGCAUCGGAGAGGACCAGUACUACGGCCAGGUGGUACAGGGCGAUGAGGACUACUUCGCGGGCGACAUCGUGUGCGACGGAUCGAAGUUGGGCUACAGCGAUUGGGCUCAAACUGGAUGGGCAGCUAUGUCACUCACGGACGAGGGCAGCGCGAAAAUGCAGUUGUGGGGACCGCUGCCGUGUCCGCUGCCAAUCCAUAGGAGGGUCAAGCGAGCGGAGAUGUGGGCCUCCCUAAAGGUGCUGGAGCGGAUGAUGCCGCCAGGUCGCAUCUACACGGGCCAUAAGGCCAUAAAGGGUAUCCUUGGGGGAUCGCAGAAGGGCGAGUGGUGGUAUACGAGCUGGAAGAGGCCGCAUGCCGACAUCUGGAAGCGGAUUUGGCACAAGGUAAAGGACCUGGACUUAGACGUCGGGUGCGUGUCCCCGAGGGAAUGGGACAACGUUUGACUCUUGGGGUCCUCUCGGCGGGGAAUAAGACCGAUUACAACCACUUCGGAUUGUUCAGGAACUACUUCGGUCGCAUUGCAACCGCUGGAAACUGACUGAUCGCAACCUAACGGAUUCCUAUGCAAACCUUUCUGAAGAACACCG